AUGCAUCAGGCUGGCCACCAUCCCUGGCUUUCUGCAGCUGUGAACGGCUCAGCGGGGCAGGUGCCCCAGAGGCAGCUUCCGGAGGUGCUGAGCGGGGCCUGGGAACCACCUCAAGGGGUCGGGCUGCCCCUGCUAACUGUCAUUGUCACUGCCUUUGUCUUGCUGGCAGUCUGUAUCGUGGUGGCAGUCCACUUUGGGCCAAGGCUGCACAAGGGCCAUGCCACUCUCGCCACAGAGCCACCAUCCCCAAAGCCAGAGGGCGGCAUCUCUCUCACCCACUGGCGAGUGCUGGGCCGUCAGGACAGUCAUGAAGAUCCCCAGCAGGAACCUCCUGGCUCUGACUCCUGCCCUGUGCCAGAUGGGCCCAGGUUCAGCAUUGAUGAAGUCACAUUUCUGUAG